GCGGGAAGGAAGGGCUUUGCGGGGGUGGCCCGCUGCGCUGCGGGCAUUGCAGCGCGAUGCGGCGCUGACAAGAAACUCAGGUCCCUCGAGGAAGCGGUGACCUCUUUUUCCGCGCGUGUCUCUCUGCCCGGGCCGGCUCCUGCUCAGCGCCUCUUGGCGCGCUAGGGAGGCGGGAGCUGGGAGCGGGUCCGGGCUGUCUCGCAGGCGGCCGCCGAAGGAGGAGGGAGGAGUAGGAGAGAGAGGCCGGCGCGGGGGCAAGGCGGCAGCUGGCGAAGGAUGGCAGACAAUGACCCGCGGAGCGCGCAGGAACUCUCGCAGUUCGCAGAAAACCUACUACAGCAACUGCAGGAGAACUUUCAAGCUUUGACUGAAAAGUUAACUCUGAGAAUGAAAGAAAUGGGUGAACGUAUUGAUGACCUUGAAAAGCAUGUCACUGACCUAAUGGCACAGGCCGGGAUAGAAAAUACCAAUGAGGAUCUGAUGCACUGAAAAUGAGAACAUACUGAUCAAGAAAUACAGACUGAUUCUGUAUUACAUUCUAUUGAGAAAGAGGAAGAAUGUCAUUUACAAACAUUUGUAUUUCUACAAAAUUCAGGUGAAAAUACCGCACAUUGUAAAGGACUUCAAAGGGUAAAAUUUUUAGUCUUGCACCAUGACUGAAAACUAUAACAUCUAUUAAUAUUUCAAUCACAAAGAAUAGCUCCAGUGAAAGAAAAGUAUAUAAUCAAAUUAUGUCAUACAAGAUAUGAAGUCUCCAUUUUUUAUUACUGAUCCAAUAAAGGAGGAAAGAUGAGUUAUGACCAUCAGACUAAUGACACAUUUUACUUAAGAUUGCCACAGAAGAAACUUUAUCUUAUCAAGAGCUAAGACUGAAUUUGUAUAAAAUAUUCAUUGCAAAAAUCCAAAAAUAUAUAUAAUGAAUUUG